UUGGCGGUUGGGGCGGCGAUGGCGGCGGUGCCGAGCGCGGACGGCGGCGGCGGCGACGCCGAGGCCGAUCAGUUCGACUCGAAGAGCCACUGCCUGGAGCUGUCCCGCCGCCAGAACGAGCAGAGGAAGCGCGGCCUGUUCUGCGACCUGACGCUGUCGGUGGGAGGCCGCGAGUUCCGCGCCCACCGCUCGGUGCUGGCCGCCGCCACCGAGUACUUCGAGCCGCUGCUCGGCGGCAACUUCGAGGAGUCGCGCUCGGAGCGGGUGGAGAUGCGCAAGUGGAGCACGGAACCCGGGCCCGACCCCGACACGGUGGAGGCCGUCAUCCAGUACAUGUACACCGGCGCCAUCCGCGUCUGCACCGGCACCGUGCAUGAGGUGCUGGAGCUGGCCGACAGGUUCCUCUUGCUUCAGCUGAAAGAAUUCUGUGGGGAGUUUCUGAAGAAAAAGCUGAACCUUACAAACUGUGUGGCAGUUCACAGCUUGGCCCACAUGUACUCCCUGGACCAACUGGCAUUGAAAGCAGCAGACAUGAUUCGCAGGGACUUUUCAAAGGUUGUCCAGGAUGAUGAGUUCUACACCCUGCCUUUCCAUCUGGUCAGAGACUGGCUGUCAGACUCUGAAAUCACAGUGGAUUCUGAGGAAGUUCUCUUUGAAGCUGUGGUGAAGUGGGUGCACCGGAACCCCGAGGAAAGAGAGAAACACUUUGAGGAAUUGUUCAAACUCUUGCGACUGCCCCAGAUGAAGCCCACUUACCUUACUCGUAUCAUUAAAUCUGAGCAGCUGGUAGCCGAUAAUGCUAACUGCCUCAGGCUCGUUUCAGAAGCAGUGGAAGGACAUGCACUGAGAUCUGAGAACCUGCAGCCUGCCAACCUGGACCACUGGGCAUCCCACGUUGUUUCCUUCCAACCUCGCUUUGGGCAGAACAUGGACAUCAUUAUGGUGGUAGGUGGUGUGUCAGAGGGUGGAGAUUACCUGAGCGAAUGUGUAGGAUACUUCAUUGAUGAAGAUCGAUGGGUGAAUCUCCCCCACAUUCACAACCACCUAGAUGGCCAUGCUAUGGCCAUCACAGAAUCCCACGUCUAUGUGGCUGGCUCUAUGGAGCCUGGGUUUGCAAAGACUGUGGAGCGGUACAGUCCAAACAGAAACAGCUGGGAGCAGGUUAGCAACCUGAUCACGAGGAAGCAUUCCUUUGGGUUAACAGCAGUGAAGCAAAAUUUGUACAGUAUUGGAGGGCAUGGGAAUUUCAGCCCAGGAUUCAAGGAUGUCGAUGUUUAUGAACCUGAACAGGACAGGUGGCACCACUUGGAAUCAGCCCCCAAAAUCCUACGGGAUGUUAAAGCCAUCAGUGUGGAAGACCGUUUUGUAUAUGUCACUGCUCGCACUCCUGUGGACACUGACAAUGAGGAUGGAUUGGAGACUGUAAAUGCAAAGUACGAUACGGACACGAGGCAUUGGCAAGAUGUGGAGUCUUUACCAUUGCUCGAUAAUUACUGUGCCUUCCAGAUAGCCGUCGCAACCACAAACUUUUACCACACAGCCUCCUGCUGCCCCAAGUGUUAUCCUCUGACAGACAGUGAAGCUAAGCAUAAAAUCUCCAGCAUGACAGCUGAUGAAAUCUUGGAAAGCUUACCACCAGAAGUGUUGAGUAUUGAGGGCGCAGCUAUCUGUUACUUCCGCGAUGAUGUCUUCAUAAUCGGCGGCUGGAAGAACAGUGAUGACAUGGACAAGCAGUAUCGGAAGGAGGCGUACCGCUACUGCGCAGAGCGGAAACGCUGGAUGUUGCUGCCUCCCAUGCCCCAGCCUCGAUGCCGGGCAACUGCUUGCCACGUGAGAAUACCUUACAGGUACCUGUAUGGAGCCCAGAGGUACCCAAUGCCACAGAAUCUGGCAAGGCAGCGAGAGAGGCUGCAACAGAUGCAGCAGUUGCAUCGGCGUUCUCUGAUCCUGAGGCGGCAGCUGCAACCUCAAGUUGAAUGCUAAUGUGAAGCACUUCUGCCCUGUGGAACUGUUAUUGGGUCGUGAGUGGAGACACUCAAACAUUCCCAUGGAAGACUGAUGCAGCUGCCAAAUAUAAAGGGCAUAGAAUUUGUUGGUGAUUAUAGGUAACCAAUAAUUCCUGACCUCUCCAAGCAUAAACUGCUCUGUCAGUACAAACCUUAAAGGCAGUUGAAAGUGGGAACUAUAUUUGGUAGGGUGGGGUGGAAUUAUUUCUCCAAUGUCCCAUUGCUAAAGAAUACUUUGCCUUGGAGUUACUUAUGUUUAUUUACUCACUUCAACCCUACCUCUACUUUUGAGUACAAAUUUUACUGGUCACACAAUACCCAUUUUAUUUAAAAAUGCAAAAUUUAUAAGCUUUGUAGCUUAGCUAAGCUAAGUAUUUUUAAGUAGCCUACUUUAAAAUAAGAAGAUGGGGGUGGGGGCUAUUCUGUUGAGUUUUAGUAAAUUCCUUCUGUUGCUCAAUAUUGUCAACAUGGCCACUGCUAUUUGCUUUACUUCAUGUGGUUGUGUGACAACUUUCUCAAUGCUCAAAAAACUGAGGUGAUGGAAGGUUUGGUGUAACAACCUCAUGGGUGCCUGUGCACAACCAGAACCAAGGCCUGAUGUGAUCCAGAACAACUGGGCUGAACAUUAAAAGUCAGUUUGUUGGCUUUAUGCCUGAUUAAAGUGACACAACUGAAUUGAAGACCUAGACAGUUUUGUCUGAAUUUUCCAGUUAUGACCCAUUAAGUGGGAUAUUGCACUUCGAAAACCUCAGCCAAAUUCCCCAAGCACUUUUGUUAUUGUUAUAAGCACUUUACGAUGAAUAGAGCACAGGAUGAGUAACCCAGUCAACCAGCUAGUUAAUAUCCUAGCAAUGGUUGUUGUUUCCCAUGCUGUUUAAAGCCAAUUACCAUUCUAUCAUAUUUGGCUUUUAUUGGUUUGAUUGAGGUAUCCAUUAACAAACACUAAUCAAGAAAUCUGAUAUUUGGCAGAUCAGAGCAUAGGUAACACCUGCCCUUCAUGGUGUGGGUGGAGAAGGUCUCAAAGUUCCCAUAAAGGGUGUGAUGAUAGAGUUGCAAUUUAACAUUUCUUGAUGGGUUGCCACUGACUGGAACAAGUGCUUCCCAUCUUUUCAGUUUCUCUGCCUUUCAUUCCACACAGUCCCAGCUUAGAGGUAGCUUAGUUACACUGGCUUGGAUUGUGAGUUAUGUUAUUAUUUCAUUGAAUUUUGCUUUCUGUUCUUUAUUAUCAUUAACCCUGUGCACUUUUCUGAACUCAUGAGUCUUAGAAGUGAAAACUUGUUCCUCUUCCUUUACAUGAGGAUAAAGUGCUCUUUGUACCUUUUAUUUGCAGUCCUAGAUUUAUGACAAUAAUAAUUGUGCAUUCACAAUAAUUAUUGUAAUUAAAAAUCCAGAAAGCGUUGAAACGCAACAAUAUCAAACAAUUCUCUGUUACAUCACAGUAGUAUUUCCAAAGUAUAUUGCAGUUAUGUCUGCUGUGUUACUGUCACUUUAAGCUGCAAUAUAUCUAUAUGUACAUUGACUUGUCGAUCAUUGAGUUCUAAGGUGUAUUUUCCAAGUAUAGAUCCAUUGUUUAAGAAGUUAUGCUCAGAGAAGGUAGUGACAUAAAUUUGAACAGACCAUCCUAAUUUCUAAUUUCUGUAUCAUAAGUUGCCUUGUGUUUGGAGUAAGCGGUUCAAAUCUGAUUUAAAUUAGUUCGUAAAUGCAUUUGUAAGAUGCCUUGGCAGAGAGAUUUUGUUGUGUAAGAGGAUAUGGUUGUGCCAUUGUUAUUUGUGUCUGGGUUGUUCCUUCACCACCCUGUCUGACAAGGCUAUGUUAUUUAGUGAGGAGCAUGUACUGCAGAUUGCCACAAUGUCCGGACACUUUUUGUCCUUAAUUACAAUAAUUAUAAACUCAGUAAUUUGCAGUUGUUGAUAUCCUAAUGUUUGUGAUUUCCUAAAGUGAAUAAUUGUCUUUUGCUACAGUGGUAACAUCUGUUUAUCUUAUUGCUGGUGACCUGUGCAGUAGCACUACCUCUCACUUAGUGUUGACUGUCACAGACUAUAUCUGGCAGCCAAGUUUCACACUCCUGUUGUCCCCCUUCCUGUUCAAAUUUUAAAUUGAAUAAGAACCUUAAGUAUGUAUUGUCACUGGACCUGGUAAGAGUAUGUGCCCUGUAUAAAGUAGGAUGGAAAAUAAACCGUCAUUAACAAUGACCUGCCUACUCCCACUUGGCUCCCACAUACGCUCUCCAGGCACAGGCUUAGUUUAAAAAGACAUUAAUUGCUGGGUAAUGGCCAAAAUUUUAAACUGUAUGCAGUCUUUAUUACACCACUGACACAGUCAUGACAAUCUCAGCUGCAGUAUCUGCUUUCAUUUUCUGUUCUUGUUAUAACUUGAAUACACCUUCUAAAAACAUACAUUAGUGCAAAGGAUCAGCACACCAGCCAGGCAGAAAUGAUACUGUGAGAAAGUUGCAUUGUGCAAAGAGUUUCAUUCGUUGAGAUGUGGCCUCUAGUUGGGUAAUUGUGAACUGGAAGCAUUAAUGUGCUCACCUGCUCUUUCAACUCUUGCUGAGUAAUAGUGAGAAUCUGGGUCAGGAGGAAGUGCAUUCCUCCUACAUUCUUCCAACUGCUAAAAUCAUCAUCACUUUGUGCAGUUUGAAAUGAAGUACUGGAGUGUUUUUACAUCUGUACUACUCUGCUGAUGAAACAUUUUAUUUUUAGACUUGGCGCAUGCAAUAUUGGAAGUGAUGGUAAGUGAUACAGCAGCAUGAUUUAACAUGUGAGUUGUGAGUACUGCCUGUUUGACAUGGAUUACUAAACACACUGGAAAAUGUUAUGCUGUAGCUCCCCAAUAAUCCUAAAGGAAGUUUCAGCAACAAUUAGGCGGUAUUUCCUUCAGCGUGAAGCUUUGCUGCCUGCAAAUGGUCUCAUUUGAUAGACUCUAACUGGUAUUGUCAGUAUCUUGUCAUACAGAUGUUACACCAGCUCUUGUGAUAAGCCAUCACAUUAAGAAACAACAAAGAAAUGUCUCAAGAAUUUCAUUUUUUUUUCUCUUUCUUCCCCUUCCCCCCCCCCCCCCCACUUAUGAAAUCCACUCCUUCCAUCUGAGGAAUGAGAUCUACCAAUCUUGUCCUGGAUUAUUGAGCAGAGCUUCAGUGUCCAAAGUAGUGUGUCUAUUAACAUGCAUGUGAUAAUGACUGAUUGCAUUCCCUUGUUUGGCUUGUCUUGUGCACCUAUUUAUUAUAGGUUAUUGAACAUCUCUGACUGUCUGACUUGAACAGUUUUUCUCUGCUUUAGAUUCAUUAAUGAGCCAUAAUCUACUUGAUCUGGGAACGUGUGCUUCAGCCAUUUCCAAUUCUGUUCUGAAGUGUGCACAAUUACCAGAACUAAACCCCGAUCUUGAUUGAAAGGACUAACAGUGUAUCUGUGUGGUGGGGAUGGGCCCCAGCUGUGCUUAACAGGCCUUGUUCUCGGACUGCUAUCAAUUUUUGUCAUGUUGUGUUUGAUUCUUUUAAUUUAUUUUUAAUUUUUAAAUGCUCUGUAAUCUUUCUGUGUUAUUACCCUCUCCCCUGAGAUUUGAAGAUGAAUCCAUCAGAGCAGACAACAUUGAUUACCUGAUGUGUGGUCUGUGUAUGCGUGUGUGGUCUAUGUACAUGCAUGCAUAAACGCCUUUGCUGUUUUUUCUCUCUUUAGCCAAGACAGUAGAGACUUUUGCUGCUACGUAGUAAUGUUGACUAUUGGGAGAGGAAAGUAAUUGAACUCCAUUGUAUCCUAGUUUGAAUCCCAGGUUAUUUACUGUCUUGUAUUUGGACAUAAAAGUUUGUUUAGUUUAUCUCCAUCAUUCUUGAUAAUUCUUUAGUCCCUUUUGUCAAAAGCUUUGUUUAUAAUAAAGCAGACAUUUCUGUUCACAUAUAAAUGGAUAUCAUGUUGAAUUAUGAGGGACAGAGCAAGGAGUAUCUUAUGAACAGAAAGUUGUGCUUGUCACUCUGACCACCACUUGAAACAUUUGCAUCUGGGUUGUCUAGGCUUCACAAAGCCUUUCUAUAAAAUGCACGUGCAUGUUCAGCAAUGUGAUACUCAUUCACUCAUUUUUAUAAAAUAUAGCUUGUUAAUAAAAGAGUUACUUUUACCAU